UUUUAAAGCUGAAGAGAAGUUUAAAGAUCCUCUUUGAGUUCAGUAUCUCCAGUCAGCGAAUGAGGUGAGGUGUCUCGUUGAUCAAUUCAUCUGACUCAUCAUCGUCUACCGAGGACUUCAUUCUUCACAGGCAGUAUGAAACUGUUGAUCAUGGCAGCUGCCUCUCUGGCAGUGGUGAGCUGUGCCAGCCUCUCUCUGGAGGACCUGGAGUUCCACGCAUGGAGGCUCAAGUUUGGCAAGAUGUACCGGACCCCUGAGGAGGAGGCCCAUCGUAAAAAUAUCUGGCUCUCCACCCGCCGCAGGGUUCUGACCCACAACAUCCUGGCUGACCAGGGCAUCAAGACCUACCGCAUGGGCAUGAACCACUUCUCCGACAUGGACAAUGAUGAAUACCGAAACACUCUCCUCCUUAGAAGCAAAAUCCUUUCCAAUGAGACCAAAACCAUGGCUCAGCUUGGUAUAACACCCUCCAAACAGAAAGGGGGCGCUAUGCUUCCUAAAUCUGUAGACUGGAGGAAAAAGGGCUGUGUGACUCCUGUCAAAGACCAGACUCAGCAGUGUGGAUCCUGCUGGGCCUUCAGUACCACAGGUGCGCUGGAGUCUCACACCUGCAUAUAUCAUGGACGCCUCCCCUCUCUGAGUGAACAGCAGCUGGUGGACUGCUCUCGGUCCUUUGGGAAUGAGGGCUGCAAUGGAGGCUAUUUAGACAAGGCCUAUGAGUACGUCAUCAAGACUGGAGGAGUAGACACUGAGGACUCGUACCCUUACGAGGCAAAGGAUGACACGUGUCACUUCAAGCGCUCGGCGGUCAGCGUGUCCUGUAAAGGAUACACGGAGGUGAAGCCGUCGGGACAGGAGUCCGCUCUGCAGGAGGCUGUGGCCAAUCAGGGCCCUGUGUCUGUGGCCAUCGAUGCAGAGAGCGACUUCCGAUACUACGAGUCUGGUGUCUUUGAUGACCCUUCCUGCAGCAGCAGUGACACCAACCACGCUGUGCUGGUGGUGGGUUAUGGAACUGAGGGAGGUCGAGACUACUGGCUGGUGAAGAACAGCUGGAGCACUUCCUGGGGAGAAGAUGGCUACAUCAAGAUGUCUAGAAAUCUGGACGACCAGUGUGGCAUUGCCUCUUAUUGUUUCUACCCUCACGUCAUCUGUCAAACUGCAGGUUCCAAGGCACUCAGCAUGAAGCUGUUGAUCAUGGCAGCUGCCUCUCUGGCGGUGGUGAGCUGUGCCAGCCUCUCUCUGGAGGACCUGGAGUUCCACGCAUGGAAACUCAAGUUUGGUAAAUCCUACAGGACCCCUGAGGAGGAGGCUCGGCGCAAAGACAUCUGGCUCUCCACCCGCCGCAGGGUUCUGACCCACAACAUCCUGGCUGAUCAGGGCAUCAAGACCUACCGCAUGGGCAUCAACCACUUCUCCGACAUGGAUAACGCAGAGUACCAUCAGAAAGCCCUAAUGAGCCUGACUCACUCCAACAAGACCAAAACGGCACACUCUGCAAUGAGGCCUGGGACUAUGACAUUUGGACACAAUAAAGGCCCCAAGCGGCCCACUUCAAUGGACUGGAGGGAUGUGAGUUGUGUGACUCCAGUGAAAGAUCAGAAGGGUUGUAAAUCAAGCUGGGCCUUCAGUGCAACUGGUGCUCUGGAAUCCCAGGCCUGCAUUGCUCAUGGAAACCUUGUGUCCUUGAGUGAACAGCAACUGAUUGACUGCGGCAUUAUUGAUGAUUGUGAUGGUGGUACGGCCGAAGGGGGGCUUCAAUCCCUGAUGAUAUUCGAUGAAGGACAACUAAACACAGAGGACUCAUAUCCCUAUGAGGCAAAGGUCUCAGACUGCCGUUUCAAUGCCUCUACCGUUGGUGCCAUCUGUACAGGAUAUGAUAGUGGAGACCCUGGAGAUGAGGAAAGCCUCCAGUCUGCAGUGGCACAGUUAGGACCCAUCUCCGUGACUGUUGAUGCCGCACACGACUCCUUUCAGUCCUAUCAGUCAGGUGUCUACGAUGAGCCCUCCUGCCAGAGCACUGGAAAUCAUGCCAUGCUGGUGGUGGGUUAUGGAACUGCAGAUGGCCAAGACUACUGGCUGGUGAAGAACAGCUGGGGUGUUAACUGGGGAGAAGAAGGCUACAUCAAGAUGUCCAGGAAUAAGAACAACCAGUGUGGCAUUGCCUCUACCACUAUUUUACCUCACGUGAAAUGCCUACUGCAGACACUCUAUAUUGGAUUGAAUUGGCCAUCCCAAAUCAGUUGUCGCCGGGCAGAGGAGGCAAUGAUUUGCACUGUAGUCAGUCAAACUCUACUGAAGGAUUCACUUGCACACAGUAUGAAGCUGUUGAUCAUCGCAGCUGCCUCUCUGGCGGUGGUGAGCUGUGCCAGCCUCUCUCUGGAGGACCUGGAGUUCCACGCAUGGAGGCUCAAGUUUGGUAAGGUGUACCGGACCCCUGAGGAGGAGGCCCGGCGCAAAGACAUCUGGCUCUCCACCCGCCGCAGGGUUCUGACCCACAACAUCCUGGCUGACCAGGGCAUCAAGACCUACCGCAUGGGCAUGAACCACUUCUCCGACAUGACCAGGGAGGAGCGUCAUAGUACCGUCCUCUUCAGAAGCACCAUCCCUUCCAAUGAGACCAAAGCCACACACCAGCAUGGUGCAUCCUCCUCCAGACAGACAGGGGGCGCUAAGCUUCCCAGUUCAUUUGACUGGAGGGAAAGUGACUGUGUGACUGCCGUCAAAAUGCAGGGCUCGUGUGGGUCCUGCUGGGCCUUCAGUACAACAGGUGCGCUGGAGUCCCACACCUGCAUCAAGUACAGACGCCUGCCCUCCCUGAGUGAGCAGCAGCUGGUGGACUGCUCCAGGCCCUAUGGGCCUAUGGGCUGCAACGGCGGCUGGAUGUCCGACGCCUUUAGCUACAUACGGGACAACGGGGGCAUAGACACUGAGGACGCUUAUCCCUAUGAGGGAAAGGACAUGCCUUGCCGCUUCAAGCCCGCGGGCGUUGGUGCCACCUGCACAGGAUACGUCAAAGUGACGGCGGGAGACGAGCUGUCCCUGCAGGACACUGUGGCCACGGUGGGGCCUGUGGCGGUGGCCAUCGAUGUGUACAAGGACUUCUGGUCCUACGAGUCUGGAGUCUAUGAUGAGCCCUCCUGCAAAGACACCAAUCUACUCCACGCCAUGCUGGUAGUGGGUUAUGGAACUGAAGAUGGCCAAGACUACUGGCUGGUGAAGAACAGCUGGGACUCUUCCUGGGGAGAAGCUGGCUACAUCAAGAUGUCUAGGAAUAAGGCCAACCAGUGUGACAUUGCCUCGUAUGCCUUCUACCCCCAAGUCAUGAAGUGGUUGAUCAUUGCAGCUGCCUCUCUGGCAGUGGUGAGCUGCGCCAUCCUCCCUGUGGAUGACGUGGAGCAGGAGUUCCAAGAAUGGAAACGCCAGUUCGGUAAGGUCUACGUGAGCCCUGCUGAGGAGGCGACGCGUAAAGAGAUCUGGCUCGCCACCCGUAGAGACGUUCUGGCCCACAACCGUAGGGCUGAGCAGGGAUCUGAGAGCUACUAUCAAGGCUUGAACCAGUUUUCUGACUUGACAUUUGAUGAAUUUGUUAAGGAUUACACAGGCCUUCUACAGCCUCGCAGUGAAGCCGAGUCUGUGAGGCACAUACUGUACGUGGAGGCUGAUGCGCCCAGCAGUCACACCUCCAUGGCAACUGGUCCAUCCACUCAACCCAUGCAGAUGACCUGAAAUAGUCUCUACUCGCCAGGGUUUGUGUUGCCUCCAGACUCAAGCACACAAUUGGAUUUCUGAAUUAAGAGUGAAUUAAGAAAUAAACUUUCUUUCAGCAUUGAUGUAAA